CCGUGGCGCGGGGCGGGGAAACUUCCAAAUCUGUUACAUUGAGGACGAACGCGGCGGGAUUUCAGCUGACGGGACGCUCCAGCAGUUGGCCUUCUUGGGUGAGUGGGACAGCAGGAUGAGCCCAAGGACAACUUCUGAAGGGCUAUCUGACACUUGGUGCCAUAGAAAUUCCUGGGAUUUUUGAUCUGCAAGCAAGAGCGGAUGGCCAGCUGAAGGAAGGCCCCUGCUGGGAGUUGCGCACUGCCUCCAGAGACCUCUGUAGGAUUGGACUAUGCCUUCCAAGAUCCGUUACAUUUUCCUCUUUCUGUGCGUCCAGCUGAUGGUGAUGCUGCUGUAUAGGGUGGAGAACAGGCGGCGGGUGACGGACCUCAUCAGCGUGCUGCUGGGAGCAGGCCUUUCCUCAGGCCCCAGCGCUCCCCCCAAUGCUUCGCACCUCCUUGGCCUGCACCCAAACGAGAGCCUGGCCGCCAGGUUGCAUGGAGACAGAGACAAGCUCUCUUACUGUCCGCAGGUCUCGCCAUACCUCGCGGGCCCGCGGCAGGUGAGCUUCCCGGCGGGGCUGACGAUGGAAGAAGUCCUCCGGCGGAACCCAGAUGUGGUGGCUGGGGGCAAGUACCAGCCUCCAGACUGUGAGCCCCAGCACAGCACGGCCAUCAUUGUCCCGCACCGGAACAGGGAGCAGCACCUGACGUACCUGCUCUACCACCUACACCCUUUCCUGCAGCGGCAGCAGCUUCGCUACGGCAUCUACAUCAUCCACCAGGCUGGGAUGUCCACCUUUAACCGAGCCAAGCUGCUGAACAUAGGGGUGCGGGAGGCGAUGAGGGAGGCCGACUGGGACUGCCUCUUCUUCCACGACGUCGACCUGAUCCCCGAGGACGACCGGAACCUGUACGUCUGCGACGCUCACCCCAAACACGCCUCUGUCGCCAUGGACAAGUUCAGCUACAAAAUGCCGUACUCUGGUUACUUUGGCGGAGUGUCGGCCCUCACCCCUGACCAGUACAUGAAGAUUAAUGGAUUUCCGAACACCUACUGGGGCUGGGGCGGCGAGGACGAUGAUAUCGCCUCCAGGAUCUACCUAAACAAGAUGCUGAUCGUUCGACCAUCGGUUAAAGUGGGGAGGUACAGAAUGAUCAAACAUGGCCACGACACAGGCAAUGAGAAGAACCCCAAAAGGUUCAACCUGUUGGCCCGGACGAAACUCUCGUGGAGGACGGAUGGGAUGAACGCACUGGACUACAGCGUCCUCUCCAAACACCACUUCCCGCUCUACACAAACAUCACCGUCGACAUCGGCACGGAGAAGGGGCCCCAUGCAACGUGACCGCCGCCCCGCACCCCCGCCCGAGGUCGGAGCAGUUUCCCGACUUUGGCUGUCGAGAAAAGCAAAAUGGACAAUAUCUCCAUCGGAAGAGAAGAGAAGCCACUAUGACCAUUAGCAAUAAACCCCUGGGUGUUUCACUGGGGUGGGGUGUAGGGGAGGUGACCACAUGACUGAUCUUAGGCACCAUUUGCACCUGACCCCACAAGACUCACCCAGCAUCUUGAGACCUGUCUCCCUACGGGUGGGGGGCGGUCUGGUCUCCACGGCCCCUCCGGGUCUCUGGAAUUCUGUCCCAGGACAAGGUCUCCCACUCAAUACAGGUCCAUUUCUCCGGGGGGGCGUGGUGGUGACAGAGGGUAUGACGAGAGGUCACACAGUGUAAACCGUGGUUUGUUACAGAAUCAGUGGUAGUCACUGAACCCUUGGGUGAGGGUAGGGAGGGAUGGGUGGUGGGGUGAGAGAUGCACAAUCUGUCUUUACACCUUAGUUCUGGCAACAUUCUCAAAAAUCUCUUCGGUAUUCUUUCCAGCUUAAUAACAUUUCUUCUACAUGGAGGUGUCCAAAACUGAACACAAUGUUGCGAGUGCAGUUUCUUCAACGUCUUGUCCAGCUUUAAUGUAACGUCCCAACUCCUGUGCUCGGUGUCCUGAUUGAUCAGGGUAGUGUGCCAAGUCAGUCUACCGUAGCUCCACUUUUCAGGCAACUGUGUACUCCCAGGCCCUCUUUUCUACAGCACUCACUGAGCCCUGCUGCUAUUCACUAGGAAAGUCCCACAUUGAUCAGAUCUUCCAAAACGCAACACCUCACACUUACCAGAAUUAAACUCCAUUUGCCAUUCCACAGCUGAUCGAGAUCCCCCGGUGAUGUUUGAUAACCUUCUUCAUUGUCGGUGUCAACGCCUGUUUUAAGUGUCGUCUGCAGAUUUCCUAGCUGUAUCUUGCACGCUCUCAUCCAGACUGUUGUUGUCGAUGACAAACAACAAUUGUCCCAGCACUAAGCCCUGGCAACACCUCGUCACGGUCUCCAGUCUGAGACCAUCCACCAUCACUCUCUGAUUCCUGCCCUCGAGCCACUUGUGCGUCUUGUUCACCAGCUCUCCCUGCACACGGAGAGAGGGGUGAAGCAGAGUCACUGAAGGCAUCUACGAAGUGUCUAGACAGGUACUUCAAUCACCCGAGCAGGGGGCAAUGGGUCAAGUGCUGGGCAAAGUUGUGAUGAAGCGUCUGUGGUCCAGAACGUUGGCUGUUUAUUCCCCUUCACAGAUGCUGCCUGACUGCUGAGUUCCUCCAGCAUUUGUGCAUUUUGCUCAAGAUUCCCAGUAACUGCAGAAUCUCUUUUGCUCAUAAUGGGUUAGGGUGGAUGAGUUGGCAGAACUGUCUACUGGCUAGCAGGGGUGAGGUAGCCCGACCGACAUGUUUCCAUGCUGCUGAAUGCCCUGAUUCUGCGCCAACACAGCAUGCCCACAACUCACUAACCUGAGCCCGUAGGAGGAAACUGGAGCUCCCGGGGAAACCCACAAAGUCAUGGGGAGAGAGAACUCCUUACAGCUGCGGCAAUCGAACCCCGAUCUGCGUGGCGGGUGCUAUGCUGCUGCGCUGUACCCCAACAACCCCUAGUUUAGGAUCAUUACACAGUGCUUGGAGGUACAACUAGGUAAAGAGCAAGGCAGAAUCAAGUGUAAAAGCUACAGGGGGAAGUUCAGUGCUGGUAAAUAAAUGUUGCAUGCAAUUCUGAUCGCCUAAAUGCAGGAAAGUGAGGAGGAUUUGGACGGUGCAGAACAGAUCAACAAGGUGCUGCAAUGAGAGGCUUAAGGGCAACUUGAUGGAAAUUGAUAACUGCAGACUAUUGUGUUCCAAUUACAAGGGAAGGGAAGGGCAGGUAGUUAAGAUGGAAAGGCCACAACAAGAGUUUAAGCAUCUAUCUUAUCGUACUAAAGCACUGUUCAACUGCCUUAUAACAGCAGGUUAGAAGCUAUCCUUGAAUUUGGUGGCCUUCAGACUUUCGUAUCUUCUGCGUGAUGAGAGAGAGGAGGAGAGAGAAUGUCCAGCGUGGGUGAGACUUUGACAAUGCUGGCUGCUUUACCGAGGCAGCGAGAAGUGUUUACGGAGUCCGUGGAGGGGAGGCUGGUUUCUGCAUGUGUCCACAACUCUGCAGCUCCCUGCGGUCACAGGCAGAGCGGUUGUCAUAUGUACUGAAGCUUGGUGCAGCCACCACAAGGGGCCGGUGGGGAAGGACCAAAGUUUACGGUUCAUCGGCUACUGGACAGGGAGGGGACGCAAAGAGAGCACAGCUUCAGAAUAGAGAUGAGGGGGAAUUUCUUUCGGUGGUGAAUCUGUGGAAUUCAUUGCCGCAGUUCAAGGUACAAAAGCUCAAAUAGAAUUUAUUAUCAAAGUAUGCAUACCAUAUACGCACAGCUUCGAGAUGCAUUUUUCUUGCGGGCACCCACAGCAAGACAAAGAAAUACAAUACAACUCACGGAAACCCCACAUGCAACAAAAACCAACGGACAUCCAAUGGGCAAAAGAGGACAAAUCAUGAAAUAAUAAAUAAGGCAAAUAACACACAGAACAUGAAAGUCAGUCCACGCUGCAGAGUCAGUUCAGUGCUAAAGUGAGUGAAGCCCGUCCAGGAGCCCAAUGGCUGCCAGGCAACAACUCCUCCCAAACCUGGUGGUGUAGGACCCAGGUAUCCUGCUCCUCCUGCCCAAUGGUAGCAGCCAGAAGUAAAAAUGUAAUAAAUCAAUUUUAUGCUAUAAAUCUAUUUCUUCUCAGCUCAGGCUGGUACAGACAUUGCCAACCACACCCAGUUCUCAAUUGCCAGAAACUUUUGGACUCUCCAAGUGGUGUUUAGUAUUUUGACUUUCCAGAGAUUUAUACCUACGCAGCAAUAUUUUUGUAAUUGUUUAAUGCUAUUGUGUAGUGACCUGGGAUGAUACCAAAUGUAGAUAUUACUUUUGAGACUUUUGUUCAUGUUCCAUAGUCUUCCAAAUUCCUCUUUUAAUUCAGCAUAUUUCUAGUGUUUUUCAGUUAUUCAUGUAUGUAUGUGAUGUGUGUUUGGAAUGGCUAUAUCUAUUAAGUAAAUCGUUCUUGCUUGUAAUAUUAUACCCUGAUGGUUAAUAUGGAUUUUGUUGUCUGUGAUAAUUUGAAUCUAAAACUGGAUCAGACUUGUAUUUUUAGUAAGGUAUAAUGUUAAUGCAAGAUUGUGGUGAACGAAGUUUGGCACUUGAUUAUGCCUGUGUAAGUGAUCAGAUUGAGUUAAGUUGCUGCAGAAAUGAUCAUUGUAAUCAUUUAUUAUUUCUGAUAUGAUUUUAUAAUACUACUAAUAAAUAUUAUUGUAAUAAUUACAAAGACAAUAAACACUUUUGUUAUA